AUGCACGGCAGUACCGCCGCCCUGGACGCCGUCCACCACGCCGUCGUGGCCGCCGUCGCCGCGGCGUUCGUCGCUCUGGCCGCCGCGCUCCUCCUCCUGCUCUGGCGAAGAAAGAAGCGCAUGGCCGGCCGCGGCCCCGGCGCCCCCCACGGCUUGGCCUCGUCCGACGAAGCUCCGGCCGCACAGGCACUGCCUCUGCCGGUGGUGCCGCUGGCCGACGUGGAGCGCGCCACCGACGGGUUCCACUCGAGCCGGGUGAUCGGGCAAGGCCCGCACUUCACCGUCUACGCGUUAGCAGCGGCGUCCCCCGGGGCUAGGGAUCAGGAGGCUCAGCUCGCCGCCAAGCGCAUGCGGCCGCACCUCAUCCUCGGCGACCCGGGCGGCCGCCGCUUCCCUCCAUCCGUGAGGUCCCUGCCCAUCCUCCCGCGCCACCCCAACCUGGCCGCGCUCGUCGGCCUGUCCGAGGGCCCCGGCGAGCGCGUCCUCCUGGUCCAACGCGCCCCCGCCGGCUCCCGAGCCCUCCACGCCCUCCUCCACGACGAUAAGCAUCCACCGCUCACGUGGCGCCGGCGCGCGGCGGUCGCGGCCGGCGCGGCGAGAGGGCUGGCGCACCUGCACGCGCACGGCGUGCCGCACGGCCGCGUGCGCCCCUGCAACGUCCUCGUCGUUGCCGCCGCUGUCGCGGGCGGCGCGCGUGCCGUGGUCUGCGACUACGGGCUGGCGGGAUUCCUCGGCGACGUCGUCCGUGCGGAGGAGGAGGACGACGUGUACAUGUUCGGGGCGCUGCUGCUGGAGGUCAUGACCGGCAGGCGGUGGGACGGGGGCCGGCUGGCGGGCUGGGCGCUGCCGCUGAUACGCCGCGGCGGCAUCGGCGUGUCGGCGGAGGAUCGUCAGGUGCUGCUGGACGCGCGGGCCGGCAAGGCAGAUCUGCAGCCGCGGCUGCUGGCGCGGAUGGCGAGGGUGGCUCUGGCGUGCGUGGGGAACAGCGACGCGCGGAGCCGGCCCGGCAUGGCGGAGGUGUCGGCCAUCCUCGACGACGUGGACGCGGCGUACGGGCGCUGCCGGGACGACGGGGUGCAGCCGGAGGAGGACGGCGGCGAGGAGCGCCACAGCGGGUGCCUCCUUGGCCCGGGCCGCAGCGCGCACAAGGCGGAGAUGCUGCUCCGGAAUCCGGUGUGA